ACAACUUAUUUGGCCAUCCGAAAAGAAUCCCCCACAGCUUCAGAAGUGGGAUUCGGAGUUGAACGUCAGGAACGCGAAGAAAUGGAAUCGGUCCCGGGAUCUGACUUUACGGUGGCCAAGUUGAAAGAAGCUCUCCGCGAACGGGGGCUACCUACAAGUGGAGUGAAGAACGAGCUUAUCAAGCGGCUGAGCGAGCAUAACCCGGACGUGUGGAAGGAGUUAGAGGAGCAGAGGAAAGGUGCUCCCUUAAGGACGGAUUCGGACCCGGAGGGGGUGCACCUGGCGGAAGGUGGCGACGGGAUGUCCGGGGCGGGGACGACUGACGAAGGAAUGCGAGCGCGAGGAGAGCCUGAGACUGUCGCGGCGUGUGAUUUGGAGGCACGCGAAAACGCGAUGAGACGAGAACUUGAACUUCUGCGACGAGAGAGGGAUUGUGCAGAGAGAGAACAACAGUUAUGGAGGCGAGAACUGGAGGUGUUGCGAAACUCCCCUGCUGUAAGAGGUACGACGACGGAGAGUGGCACGAGUUCGAUGCCGGGCGGCGUCCGUGGAAUCAAAGACUUGCUACCGGAGUUCGACGGGACAGACAACGCUUUCUGGAGGUGGGAACAACAGCUGAAGUUGCUGAGACAGUCGUACAACCUGGACGAGAGUUCGACGCGAAUGCUGAUUAGCUCAAGGUUAAAAGGGCGAGCUCUAUCGUGGUUCUACUCACGUGCCGAAUAUCUCACGUUGGGUACGGAAGACCUGUUGAUAAAGAUGGGACAAAUGUUUGACCUUCAACCCGGUAAAUUGGCCCUCAGAAGAGAAUUCGAGGCACGAGUGUGGAAGAAGGGCGAAUCGUUUUGCGAAUACUAUCACGACAAAAUGAUUCUGGCCAACCGCAUACCAGUUGCGGAAAACGAGAUUCUCGAUUAUCUUACCGAGGGUGUGACCGACGUACAACUGAGGAAUCAGGCCUGUCUAAUGAACUACACGACCGGAGCUGAGCUGUUAAAAGCUUUUGAAAAAGUUCGACCAGAGGACGGGAGAUCGAGCAACGUCAGGGCCGGGAAGGCCGCGGCAGGGGCGGCGAGCGGCAGGAAAGCGGAACCAGCGGCAAGAGAAAAGACGGUGAAAUGUUACCGGUGUCGCGAAGCGGGGCACGUCGCGACGCAGUGCAGGCCCGCGAAAAGAACGUGCUAUGUGUGUGGGUCGGCCGAGCAUUUGGCGAGAGAAUGCUCGAGGCGGGAUCGGACCUCGACGUCGGGGACGGCGAGGGACUCGGCGGCGGCUGUUUCGACGAACGUGGUGCAUCCGGUGGACCUGCCGAAGCCAUAUAUGUUACGCGUAAAAAUCACCCCCGAGAACGCGAGCGAGAAAUGUACGUAUAUUGUCGAUGCAAUGGUUGAUUCCGGAUCGCCCGUUAGCCUGGUGCGGAGCGAUGCGAUCGCAUGCGAUGCGCGCCGGGAGGUGGGGAGCCCUGAUGAGUGAUUAAAUAUAUUUCACCGAGCGAAGGUUUACACAACUUAUUUGGCCAUCCGAAAAGAAUCCCCCACAUUUGCAUCAGAU